AUGCGUUUCGAACCACUGGGCCAGAAAAUGUUUACACGACGCAACUGGUUACUGCGUUGCAGUAUACUCAUCAAUAUUGCUGUGAUUUUAUAUAUCUGCAGUCAUCUUAUGAUUGGUAAUCGUUAUACCCUGACGUCCGGGUCACAAUUUGUAAUACAAGAACAGCCAAGUGCGAUGCAGCAACAACAACAGCAACAGGCUGAAAGGGGUAUGGUGAGAGAAGCCCUGGCGAAAAUGGAAAUGAAUGAUGAUCCUCCCAAGCCUCCCACAGAACUUAAGGCUGAUGUAAGCGGCAAUGCCGGCUCUGCUGCCGCAGGUGGUGGUUCACAUGAUUUACAACAGCCACCGGUAAAAGAUGCCGAUGCUCCUGAAAUGGAUCCCGAUAUUGGUGAUCCGGCCAAUGUUAUUGGCAACAUUGGUAGUGGCAAUGCCAAUAGUAAUUUUGUAAAUAACACAAAUGCCGCCGAUCCAAAUUAUUUGGUUAGCGGUGAUGAAAAAGACUUUGACGAACGAUUGCGUAGCAUCUUGAAAUGCUAUGAUCGAUCAUAUGAAGCCGAAACUCUACAACGUGGAGAUUUUUGGGUAUUAAAGAAUUAUGUUCGCGCUGAACAUGGUGAACUUAAGUGCCAUGAAUCGAUAACCUAUACUACACAUGCAGAUUAUACAUUUUUAGAUAAUCUGAUACCAUUGUUGGAAAGAUGGAAUGCUCCCAUUAGCAUAGCAAUGCAUGCACCCGGCACUGAUUUCCAACCAACAUUGGAUUCCAUUAAAUAUUUAAGAGACUGCUUGCCCAAUAGUAAUUUAGUGCGCAUGUAUGCCACUUUCCAUGUAUACUUUAGUACGAAACAUAUCCCCAAAACGAUACCCAAAUACUAUGAUGCUCUCAAGGUGGGCUACAAUUGUACCCUACCGCCGCCAUAUGUCAAUAUCACAUCGGGUCAUUUAUAUAAGACACAAAAGAAGCUGUUGUAUCCGGUUAAUGUGGGACGUAAUAUUGCCCGUGAUGCAGCCAUUACCCACUUCAUAUUGGCCUCCGAUAUUGAGCUGUAUCCAAAUCCAGGAUUGGUUAAGAAAUUCUUGGAAAUGAUUGCCCGCAAUGAGCCUUAUUUGAAUAGGAAGGCACCACGUGUUUUCCCCUUGUCCAUUUUCGAAGUGGAGGAGAGCAGUCCUGUACCCCGUGAUAAAACUGAAUUACAAGAGUUCCUGCGCACGGGCAAAGCCAUACCAUUCCAUAAACGCGUCUGCGCCAGCUGUCAUGGUGUACCGAAAUCCAAAGAAUGGAUGGCUGCCAACGAAACUGACGAAUUAAGUGUCUUCCAUAUUGGAAAGCGAACCGGUUACUUUGUACACUGGGAACCCAUUUACAUUGGAACAAACGCCGAGCCCCACUACGAC